AUGGACCCCAAACAAGCAGAUCUAGUCAUCUAUCACCUCCGCGGGAGCGGGUAUGCGCUUGGUCAUCCUGGGGAUACACUUCCCGGGUUAUUAUUCCUCGCUGAGGUCUUAGAGAAGAAGGGAAUUAGGGUAUGUAUGUUUACGUUGGAUUAUACGUUGGUAAGCAAUGGGGUAUAUCCAAGACAGGUAUGCGAGUGUUUCGGGGCUUAUGAGUAUCUUAUCGAGGAGGUGGGGGUUAGGGCUGAGAAGAUUUGUUUGAUGGGUGAGUCUGCGGGGGGACAUCUUGGUUUGUCGUUUUUGGUUGGUCUUGCUCUUUCUAAGAGGGGUUCUUUUUCUUUUCCUUUGGAUCACGAUGAGGAGAAAGAGAAGAAAGAUAAGGAUGAGGGAGAAGAGUAUCCACGACCUGGGUCUAUGAUUCUCCUAAGUCCCUGGAUUGACCUCUUUCUUUCGUCUCCUUUGAUACCGAUGCUCGAGAAAAGGGAUUUUAUGUCCAGGACAUUCCUCCAGCGAGUCGGUAAGGAGCUUCUACAUUCUGAUACCAGAUUGAUCUCUCUCUUUGGGGAUUUUACCUCCCGUUCUACGGAGAGGGGAUCUUGGGAGCGUAUUCUUCCGACUCGGAUGUGGGUAUCUGCUGGUGCGGAUGAGGUUUUCAUGGAUGAUAUUGUGCGGUUUGUUAACUGUGCGAGGGAGGAUGGUGUGGAGGUUGAGUUGAGGGUUGAAUCUGGGAAGUGUCAUUCCUGGCAGAGUGGGGAGGCGUUUUUGGCUGCGAGGAGGUUUUUGGAUAUGUCUAUGCAGUGCGAGGGGGAGGAGUUGAUGCCUGGGUUGGUGGAAGUUGGGGAGGUUAUUGCUGGGUUUGUUUGA